AUGAGAAGACAUUCGAGGAAGAGGGAGAAGGCGGUAGUUGACUAUAGACACCGUUGGCCGACUCAGCAAACACUAUACGAGUCUCGAGAACUCCGAGAAGGAGAGGCCAAAGACAAGCCAAAAUCACGACGAGUAAAGGCGCUUGAGGCAGUCUCGAUUCCCCUAUUAUGGAUAAAUAUGAAGAUUGAGAUACGAGACUCUAUAUCCGCGAAUACCAAACCCGGCAAGAGUACGCACCCCUACGACACUGGAGUUGAAGAUACAACCGCAAUAAUUAGAGACGGCGGACAGCUGACAUCCGCGUCUCGUCAUACGGAACGAGCCGAGACCUCGAGAGAGCAAACACCACAAGCUCCGGACCUGUUACGAAAGAACAAGAGAGUCAACUCAGCGUCCAGUCUCCGGAAUCAGAUAUUUGCACCUACACUACAGAGAAGGAGCCAAUUAACGUGUACCCCGGAAUCUCAGGCCAGUUUCGAGCGCUCGAACGAACAUAGAACUAGGUUUCGUAGCAUUCUUGGACUAACCAAGAAUAAAGCGAAUAUGUCCAAUACUAGUCCUUUAGAGGGCAUAUCGACAUCUCUAGGCCAGCUUUCGACAGAACCAGAGUCCCAAGUAGAAGAAAGUCGUCAAGAAUCUUGGUGGUCCUUCAAGAGGCGGACGAGCGCAUAUAACGGAGAUAGAGACACGAUCUCCGGCCCAGCAGAGAAAUUAAUGCCUCACAACAAAGGGGACGGAAGCAACCUAGAGGAAGCAGCAAAUACCCGAAGGGUACGGAAUAGUGGUGCAAAUGGUCGCGGAAGCGGUUAUAUACGGGAUAAGAUGAUGAAGAAGUCGUCUGAAAGAAACGUCGACCAAGCGCAGAUAGCAUACGGUGAAACGGAGAAAACGGAGAAGGAAUGUUUAUCUCCACGGACAGACACGGAACUAGCGAAAACACCGAAAAUACCGGGGCAAUCAAAGCGGCGCCGAAGGAGCAUAUCCUCAUCCCAGGUUCGUGCGAGCACGGCCGGAACUAGUUCCACACCUAGCAACGUAGCAACGCACAAGGAUGUCGCUCGAGAAGAAUGGAGUCAUCAAACCCCGUCCCCUAUGAUUCCCACCCAAGUUUUACGAUUGCUGCUAGGCCCCGGGAAGUCGCCGUCACCGAAAAUAGGAACACAGCUAGACCGGGAGGAUAUCGAAACUCGUACAUCGGCAUCAUCCACGGCUAUGCUGGGACGACAAAGUCGGGAGGGUCGUACUUCUGGCAGACAGUCGAUGGAGCAGAAGAAUAGAGCAUGGAUUCCAUUCUGGGUAUCAUCUCGGCCGCAGGUAGGACUCUCACGGCGCGAUAAUGCCGACGGGGCGUCAAGACAAGAGGAUCUUCCGGAGCCGAGUACGGGGGAGCAGGGGAGGAUCACACGCAGGAGAUGGAAAAGCGGAUAGAUGGCCCCAUGCUCGACCGGAAGUCAUCGAAGUUGUAGGUCUCCUGAGUUGAAGCCCGCCGUAAGAGUAGCCCUG